UGCCUCGGCGACCAGCGACUCUCGACCAUCUACUCCAACUACACGCUUGUCAAAAGCACGGCACGCACGUGGUCGGGGAGAAGUCGCCUUGAUUUCCGCGCCGGGCGGCUCUUCGGCAGCGUAGACCCUGCGCACCAAUACGAGACGCAGCGCAAGACGCUGGAGCGUCACCAGCAACUCCUGGACUCUGACCCACUUGUCUCUGAACCUCUCACCCCCGACGCUGGCCCUGCCCGGGCAGCCGAAGCUGCCACAGUGUUCUACGAGAACGCGGCGCCGCAAUGGCGGAGUGUCAACGUGGGUGCGUGGGCGUGGGUGGAGCGCGCAGCGCGCAGCCUGGCGGCGGAGCGCGGAGACUUGCUGGUAGUGACGGGGGUGUGCGGUCUGACGUCACUGCCCGAUGCGCAGGGGAAUCGCACCCCUCUCUUCCUUUUCGCCCAAGGCGCCCAGCGUAAGAUGCCCGUGCCCGCGCUCUACUGGAAG